UCGAAAUGAGGAAUCGUUCCGAGAUCGGAUUCAACGCUUUACCAAAUAAGGCGCGUGCGGGGCGUGCGCUGCCCUCUCUCUCUCUCUCUGCAGAGGGAUGGGGGGUGAGGAGAGCGGGGAGGGGGCGCGCAUCUCCAAAAGCGUGCACGGCUUUCACGGGAACUUGGAGCUUGCGACUUAAAAAUAAGCGGAAUACGUGACCAUCAUCGUCACGUGACCUCCCUCCAGUGACUCCUCCUUCGCCCCCCCGACUCGAUGCCGCUGAUCGUGCUGCCCACCUCCCGGCUGCUGUGGGUGCGCGUGGCCGCCCUGCUGUUCACCUGCGUGGCGUUCAGCGUGACGGCGCACGGCGCCUGGCUGGGCCACGGGGGCGCCGCGGGCGACUGGUGCAUCUUCUGCUGGGCGUUCAGCUUCGCCUGCACCCUGCUGGUGCUGCUGGUGGAGCUGUUCGGUCUGCAGGCCCGGGCCCCCGUGUCCUGGAGCAACUUCCCCAUCACCGUCGCCUGCUACGCCUGCCUCCUCUGCCUCUCCGCCUCCGUCAUCUUCCCGCUCUUUUUCCUCAAGGACCAGAACGCCCGCGGCGAGGUCCGGGACCACCGCAUCGCCGCCACCGUCUUCUCGUGCCUGGCGGCGGUGGCCUACAUGGGGGAGGUGAGCCUGACCAAGGCGAGGCCGGGGGAGGUGGCCGGUUACAUGGCCACGGCCCCGGGCCUGCUGAAGGUGUGCCAGACCUUCGUGGCGUGCGUCAUCUUCCUGCUGGUCAGCGACCCCGUGACCUACGACCGCCACGCCGCCCUCAAGUGGUGCAUGGCGGUGUACUGCAUCUGCUUCAUCCUCUCCAUGGCCGUGGUGGUGCUGUGCGUGGGCGAGUGCACCGGCUGGCUCCCCGUCCCCUUCUCCAAGUUCCUGUCGGCCUACGGCCUCCUGGCGGCGGUCAUGUACCUGACGGCGACCAUCCUCUGGCCCGUGUUCCAGUUCGACGGGCGGUACGGGGGCAGCGGCCGGGCGUCGUCCAGAACCAUCGCCGUGGCGGUGCUCACCGCCCUCAACUUCCUGCUCUACCUCGCCGACCUGGCCUACACCGCCCGGCUGGUGUUUGUCAGCGCCUGAGGGGGCGCGAGGGGGGGGGCAGACAAAGAGGCCAGGAGGUCGAAGCGUCACGUGACUGAUUGGAGAAUCCCAAAUGAGAUCUGCUGUCGAUGGGAGCAAAGAAAAGCCCCAAAGUGUGUGUGUGUGUGUGUGUGUGUGUGUGUCUGCAGUGUUUGACCUCCAACGUGAACGGACCUGUGAGAAACACCAGAACAACAGGAAGGAUGGCGAAGGCGUCCGUCAGUGUCGGUUAGAACCCGAUGACGUCAUCACACUGGAACAGAAGGAGACGCGUUGUGUUUCACGUUAAGACACCGAGGCGCCCUGGAUGCUCUUUUCCUGCCCCCUUUUUCCUUUUGUUUCAUAUUUAUUCUUCUUAUUACAGUAUUACAGCCAGUGUUCUGCAAACCUUAAGUAAAUGGUCCAAAUGGCUGGUUUACAUGUAGCACUGGCUUGUCAUUCGAAAGUGCCUCAUUUCCUUGUUGUGAAAAUAAACCUGACAAAGGCUGACAAAAGCUUUUUUUAGUGAGUGUU